AUGUACGUUGACCCGUCAUUUGGGGAGGAUGCUCCGACUAAUCAAUUUGAUUUUACAGAACAAAGUAUACGAAAAGCAUUUAUACGCAAGGUAUACGCCAUCCUGAUGUGCCAGCUUUUAGUUACUUUGGGAUUCAUUGCAUUAUUCGUGUUCCACGAGCCAACAAAACGAUACGUCAGAGAAAAUACUUAUCUCUUUUGGGUAGCACUAGCAGUGCUAUUCGUUUGUAUGAUAGCCAUGGCUUGCUGUGAAAAUGUCCGACGAACAACACCCAUGAACUUUAUCUUCCUCUUCACAUUUACGGUUGCUCAGAGUUUUCUCCUGGGCGUAGCUUCCAGCACAUUCGAUGCCACAGAGGUAUUCAUGGCAGUAGGAAUUACGGCUGCGGUAUGUUUGGGUCUGACAUUAUUUGCAUUUCAAACAAAAUGGGACUUUACCUUAAUAGGAGGAGGCCUUGUGGCUGCUACUAUGGUCUUGUUAAUGUUCGGUCUCAUAACAAUAUUUAUACCAACCAACAAUAUUGUACGAUUGGUGUACGCAUCUUUGGGAGUACUUAUAUUCUCAAUGUACCUUGUCUACGAUACCCAACUGAUGAUGGGCGGGAAACACAAAUACAGCAUUUCGCCAGAGGAAUAUAUUUUCGCAGCAUUAAAUCUAUACCUUGAUAUUGUCCAAAUAUUCCUCUUCAUCUUAACUAUUAUGAGGAAUUCGUAG